ACAAAGCAACUUCCUAUAAUAAUAAUUUCUCUCUUUCUCUCCCUCUCUAAAAUGGCUAAUAAUAAUAAUGUCUUUCUUCAAGGUACGACAGUACUCAAUUCCAAUAAUAUUAGCGCAGAAAGUGUUUGUGAUGAAAUUCCCACCAUCGACUACUUCAUGCACUUUUCUACUGAUCCUAAUCAACAAGCCAAAGCCCUCCAUUAUCUUACUAUCGCCUGCCAGAACUAUGGCUUCUUUUAUCUGGUGAAUCAUGGUGUUCCCGAAAGCGUUUUGAAGAGUGUUUUCAAAGGAGUAUCUGAUUUCUUUGAUCCAAUGGAGUUAGAAAACCGAAGGCAAUAUGACAGAAAGAGUUCCACAGAUAGGAUCCGAUGGGGCCACCGUUCGUCGCUUGGUGAGAACAGGGAAUAUCUCAAGAUGGCUACUCAUCCCCACUACCAUUGCCCUCAUAAACCAACCACUUUCAGUGAGGCUAUGGGAGAUUAUUACAGAAGAAUGAGAGAAGUGGUACAUGGGCUAGGAAAAGCAUUAUCGAAAACACUGGGAUUGGAAGAGUUGUUCAUAGAGAAGGCGUUGAAGUUGGAGUCAGGCUUUGAUGUGUCUUCCAUUAAUCUUUAUCCACCAAACUUCGAAUCCAAAAGUGGUGUGGGUAUUCCUGAGCACACUGACCCAGGCUUCUUUGUCUCCCUCACUCAAGAUGUUAAUGGAGGUCUUCAGAUUCUAUCCCACACCGGAAAGUGGAUCAACGUAAAUUAUAUGCCUUCUAAUGCUAUUUUGAUCAAUAUUGGAGAUCAUCUUGAGAUUCUGACAAAUGGAAAGUACAAGAGUCAUGUGCAUAGAGUGGUGGUAGACAACAACAAAGUAAAGAGAAUAUCUGUGGCUACACUUCACGGGCCAUCGUUGGAUGCAUUUGUAAAGCCAGCGCCGGAGUUCGUCGACGAUGACACUCACCCACCGGCGUAUGGUGGAGCCACCUACAAGCACUACUUGCAAGCCAAUGGUCAUGAUGAGAUUGAUGUUCAAUCUAGUAUUCACCAAUUUCGUUUCCAUUAAUUUCAUUUUAGCCAUUAUUAAUUAUUAUUUAAUAUAAAGUUAUAUGAUGGAAGGGAUCGAUGCAGUUUGAGGGUGAUAAUAAGUCUUGGUAUUUAUUACUAGUUUUGAAUCUUUAUUAAAUAAUGUUACAUAGUGUGGCAGUAUGUACCAUGUAAUAAAUAAAAUGUCAGGAUUAAUGCAUUUUGAAAUAAA